AUGCUGGGAUCACGACUGCUACGAGUAGUGCCGCGUGUGUCGACGACGUCGAGACGCUUUGCCGCGUCUGUGUCUCAAACGAAGACUGGGAAGUCAAGCAACAAGGAGAGCAAUUUGUCUCGAUACGCUGGCAUGGCGUUUUUUGGCGCAUUGACGGUUACGACAGCGUAUUUGGGUGCAUGGCAGACUAAACGCUACUACUGGAAGGUGAAUUUGAUAAACGAGCGCAUGAAGGAGCUAUCAGAGUCUAUUGCGGAGCUACCAAAAGAUGCGACAGCAAGAGAUGCCAUAGAUGACAUUGAGUACCGCCAAAUUCGUGUUGAAGGACGCUUUAAGCCUGGAAGCACCUUUUACUUGUACCCUCGCUCUGCUCCUGCUGACCCAAGUGAUUCGUUCGCACAAGUGAAAACUGGUGGCUACAUUUAUUCGCUGCUGAAACGGGAGGACGGAACACCAGUGAUCGUGAACCGAGGUUGGCUUCCACGCAAACUUCUGGAUGCACACAUUGCACAGAAAGAAAAAGAGGAUGAGGGAAAAGAUGAGGGAAAGGUAUCGUUUGUCGGUGUGCUUCGUCACGGUGAAGUGAAAAAUAGCUUUACUCCUGACAACGAUCCCGACAAUCGACAAUUUUACUAUUUGAACCAUGAAGAACUAGCUCAUGCCAUGGGUGUGUCAUCGACUGACUUGCCCGUCAUUGUCGAUGCCCUGGCAUCCGAUGGUGCGACGGAAGUGACGCUGGAUAAUCCUGUUCGAAAGAGCAUUGCGUCAUUUCUUGAAUUCUACAUGACUCCGGAAAAACAUGCUGGUUACGCUGCAACCUGGUUUGGUUGCAGCAUUGCGGCUGCAGUUAUGGGCAUUCUGCGCUUCAAAAAAGGAGGCACUCGUGUCGCAAAGUUCAAGCACAGUUGA